UGCAAAAAUGGCAGGCAGACACGCGCAUUCAAGAAUGAGUACACAUAAUUCGACUGCGGCUUUUCUCUUCAUGGGCUGGGCGUGUUUCGGUUCUGCUAACGGCAUUGGCUAGUUUCUAGAACAGUUGUACAUACAGAGUUGUACAAUAGAUAGUCUCUGUUGGGAAGGAAGUAUUGAAGAACUUGUACUAGCUAGACUACUUUUUCUGUGAGAACCUGGAUAUAAAAAACACCACGAUGCAAAAUCCGGACUCGGGACAGGGAGAAUCCACUAAGAAAGCAUCUGGGUCGGUCCAUUCCGAUAAUAAUGCACCGAAUAGCGGAGAAAUGAAGCCACCGGGGUUUGACGCUGUAUCGGUUCUUUGGACAUUUGGCAAGUGCCUAGGUGCCUUGCUGCCCGUGUACCUUGCAGGAUACUACCGGGUUAGCGCCAGUUUUUUGGUUUUCGGGCUUAUGGUCUACACAGGAUGGAGGCACUCGCGCGAGGCAAAAGAAGCUCGUCUGCGGUCCGCCAUUCACCACUAUGACAACGAGCAACAAUAUACAUCCAUGAAAUUUUUCAAAAGUAAAAAGGAUCUCCCUGCUUGGGUCAACUUCCCAGAUGUGGAGAAGGUGGAGUGGCUCAAUAAGAUUCUGCAGCAGGUGUGGCCGUUUGUGGGUCAGUAUCUGGAAAAGUUGCUGGUGGAGACCAUCGCUCCCUCCAUCCGUUCCUCCAGCACUCACCUCCAGACCCUCACCUUCACCAAGGUGGACUUUGGGGACAAGGCCAUGAAGGUGGUGGGUGUGAGAGCACACACAGAGAAUGCGAGGGGACAAGUCCUGCUGGACGUGUACAUCAGCUAUGUUGGAAACGUUGAGAUUAAUGUGGAGGUGAAGAGGUAUUUCUGCAAAGCAGGAGUCAAGGGAAUACAGCUGCAUGGGAUGAUGAGGGUGAUUCUAGAGCCUCUGAUUGGAGAUGUCCCCAUCGUGGGCGCGGUCACCAUGUUCUUCAUCCGAAGGCCGAAACUGGACAUCAACUGGACUGGAUUGACCAACUUACUGGACAUCCCUGGACUGAACGUCAUGUCUGACACUAUGAUAAUGGACGCCAUCUCCUCCUUCCUGGUUCUUCCCAACCGUCUGACUGUUCCCCUGGUAGCAGACCUGCACGUUGCCCAGCUACGCUCUCCUCUGCCCAGGGGUGUGGUACGUAUCCACCUCUUGGAGGCUGAUGACCUGCCAGCUAAGGACAACUACAUGAAGGGUGUGAUAGCGGGUUUGUCUGACCCGUAUGCUCUGUGUAGGGUGGGGCCUCAGACUUUCACCUCCCACGUUGUGGACAACACUGUCUGUCCCAAGUGGGGAGAGAUGUAUGAGGUCAUAGUCCAUGAAGUACCAGGUCAGGAGCUGGAGGUGGAGGUUUAUGACAAAGACCCAGACAAGGAUGACUUUCUGGGGAGAACCAAGAUAGAUUUGGGUAUCGUCAAGAAGUCCAAAGUUGUUGAUGAAUGGUUCACCCUGAAAGAAACCAAGUCAGGACGUGUCCAUUUCAGACUGGAGUGGUUGGUCUUGUUGCCCAAUACGGAGCGACUGGAACAGGUUCUUCAGAGGAACGAGAGCAUGACGGUGUCCAGUAAGACUUCGGACCCCCCCUCGGCAGCCAUCUUGGCAGUGUAUCUGGACAAGGCUGAAGCCCUUCCUAUGAAGAAGGGCAAUAAAGAACCUAGUCCCAUGGUGCAGUUGUCUGUGCAGGACAUCACUCAAGAGAGCAGGACCUGUUGGACGACCAUCAACCCAACGUGGGAAGAUGCCUUCACCUUCUUUAUCCCAGAUCCACACAAGCAGUCAAUAGACAUUCAGGUGAAGGACAAUGACCGGAUACAGACUCUAGGUAGUCUGUCCAUCCCUCUGUCCCGCCUGCUGUCGGGCCCCAACCUGUCUCUGGACCAGUGGUUCCAGCUAGACAAAUCUGGUCCUGCCAGCCGCAUCUACAUCAACACUGUACUCAGGGUGUUAUGGUUAGAUGAGGAAAACAUCCCCACUUCCUCUACAGAAGCAGCCUACCUAGCAGCAGGUCUCUCAAAGAUACGCCCCCAACAGACCUCCCCUGACCCCAGCUUUGCCACAGAGGGGGUGCUGAGAAUCCACCUUCUAGAGGGCCAAGAUCUGGUCCCCAAGGACAACAUGAUGGGGGGCAUGGUGAAGGGCAAGAGUGACCCCUAUGUCAAGAUCAACAUUGGGGGUGAGACCUUUGAAAGCCGGGUCAUCAAUAGGAACCUCAACCCCACCUGGAACGAGAUGUAUGAGGUGGUUCUGACCACACUGCCUGGCCAGGAGCUGCAUGUAGAGCUGUUUGAUAAGGACAUGGACAUGAAGGAUGACUUCAUGGGAAGGUUGAAGAUCAGUCUGAAGGAUAUCAUCACCUCUCAAUACACUGACCAGUGGUACAUUCUGAAUGAUGUGAAGUCAGGUCGUGUUCACCUGGUACUGGAGUGGGUACCAACAGUAUCACAACCAGACAUACUGGAUCAGGUGUUCCAGUUCCAGUCCAGGCAGUCCUACCACAACAAAGUCUUUCCAUCCAUGGCUCUACUGUUUGUGUUUGUGGAGAGGGCUGACGGCCUACCUCUGAAGAAGAGUGGGAAGGAGCCAAAAGUGGGAGCUGAACUUGUUGUCGGGGGGACCUCCCAUAAAACGACGGUGUGUGAUCGCACCAUCUCACCCCAGUGGGACGAAGCUUUUUACUUCCUGGUUCAUGACCCCAGAGAGGAGAUCCUCAUAGUGAAGUUGUCUCACAGUUGGACCUUGCCUAUUGGUUCUCUGGUGGUACCAGUCAGAGAGCUGCUGUCAGAACCAGAUCUGGUCCUGGAUCAGUGGCUGAGACUGGAUGGAGCCUCACCUGACAGUCAGAUUCUACUGAGGGCUGAACUGAAGGUGCUGUGUCCCAAGAAGUGUGAGAUUGAUGUGGAGAGGGCAGAUCAACCCAGAGCUCGAGCUGCCUCUACUGCUGAACAGAGACUGGAGAGAGACACAGUGCAGCAGAGGUCUAGUUCAGUGGACACUCCCAGUGCUCCAUCCCCCAGCCCUUCCUCUAUCCCAGCACCAGUACCAGAGCCAGAGAAGGCUAAGAGGGUAACAGUUACUGAGAUGGUAGCUGAGAAGGUACCUGAGGAGGUCACUGAGGAACCCAGUCUUCCUGGAACACUCCCCACACACACCAACCCUAAGCCCAGCUUUGGCUCUGAGGGGGUGCUGAGAAUCCACCUACUGGAGGCCCAGAAUCUAAUCGCCAAGGACAACCUGAUGGGGGGCCUGAAGAAGGGCAAGAGUGACCCGUACGUCAAGAUCAACAUCGGAUGGGUCAAGUUUAAGAGUCAUGUGAUCAAGGAGAACCUCAACCCCACCUGGAACGAGAUGUUUGAGACGGUGAUGACCCCACAGUCAGAUCCGGAGGUCCAGGUAGAGCUGUAUGAUGAAGACAUGGACAAGGAUGACUUUCUGGGCAGGUGUAACAUCAGUAUGAGAGACAUCAUACACUCCCAGUAUACAGACCAGUGGUACAUUCUGAAUGAUGUGAAGUCAGGUCGUCUUCACCUGGUACUGGAGUGGGUACCAACAGAAUCACAACCAGACAGACUGGAUCGGGUGCUGCAGCUGCAGUCUCUCCAGUCCUACCAGAACAAGGCUGUUCCCUCUGCUGCUCUGCUCUUCGUCUACAUGGACAGAGCCCACUCACUGCCUUUGAAGAAGAGUGGGAAGGAGCCAAAUGCUGGAGCUGAGCUUGUUCUGGGGGAGACAACCUACAGAACCAAGGUGUGUGAUCGUACCAACUCCCCCCGAUGGGAAGAGGCUUUCUACUUCCUGGUUCGUGACCCCAGAGAGGAGAUUCUCAUAGUGAAGCUCUCCAGUGCUUGGGAUCAGGCGAUGGGUUCUCUGGUGGUACCAGUCAGAGAGCUGCUGUCAGAACCAGAUCUGGUCCUGGAUCAGUGGCUGAGACUGGAUGGAGCCUCACCUGACAGUCAGAUUCUACUGAGGGCUGAACUGAAGGUGCUGUGUCCCAAGAAGUGUGAGAUUGAUGUGGAGAGGGCAGAUCAACCCAGAGCUCAAACUGCCUCUACUGCUGAACAGAGACUGGAGAGAGACACAGUGCAGCAGAGGUCUAGUUCAGUGGACACUCCCAGUGCUCCAUCCCCCAGCCCUUCCUCUAUCCCAGCACCAGUACCAGAGCCAGAGAAGGCUAAGAGGGUAACAGUUACUGAGAUGGUAGCUGAGAAGGUACCUGAGGAGGUCACUGAGGAACCCAGUCUUCCUGGAACACUCCCCACACACACCAACCCUAAGCCCAGCUUUGGCUCUGAGGGGGUGCUGAGAAUCCACCUACUGGAGGCCCAGAAUCUAAUCGCCAAGGACAACCUGAUGGGGGGCCUGAAGAAGGGCAAGAGUGACCCGUACGUCAAGAUCAACAUCGGAGGGGUCAAGUUUAAGAGUCAUGUGAUCAAGGAGAACCUCAACCCCACCUGGAACGAGAUGUUUGAGAUGGUGAUGACCCCACAGUCAGAUCAGGAGGUCCAGGUAGAACUGUAUGAUAAAGACAUGGACAAGGAUGACUUCCUGGGCAGGUGUAACAUCAGUAUGAGAGACAUCAUACACUCCCAGUAUACAGACCAGUGGUACACUCUGUCUGAUGUGAUGUCAGGUCGUCUUCACCUGGUACUGGAGUGGGUACCAACAGUAUCACAACCAGACAGACUAGAUCAGGUGCUACAGCUGCAGUCUCUCCAGUCCUACCAGAACAAGGCUGUUCCCUCUGCUGCUCUGCUCUUCAUCUACAUGGACAGAGCCCACUCACUGCCUUUGAAGAAGAGUGGGAAGGAGCCAAAGGCUGGAGCUGAGCUUGUUCUGGGAGAGACAACUUAUAGAACCAAGGUAUGUGAUCGUACCAACUCCCCCCAAUGGGAAGAGGCUUUUUACUUCCUGGUUCGUGACCCCAGAGAGGAGAUUCUCAUAGUGAAGCUCUCCAGUGCUUGGGAUCAGGCAAUUGGUUCUCUGGUGGUACCAGUCAGAGAGCUGCUGUCAGAACCAGAUCUGGUCCUGGAUCAGUGGCUGAGACUGGAUGGAGCCUCACCUGACAGUCAGAUUCUACUGAGGGCUGAACUGAAGAUCCUGAACUCGAAGAUGACUGGGGUACCACAAGGCUCUGUCUCAGGUCCAGAAACUAUCACUAGUUGGAGUUACAGUGAGGAGGAAGAACCAAUCACCAUUGAGCAGCCAGUUACUGCGACCAUUGAGGAGGACCAACACAGUGAGGUGCCCUCUGAGGAAUCUGUUGCAGUCUCCAGCCAACCCUCUAUCUCUGAACCUGAGGAAGCAGAGGUUGUCUUUGAGGUCCCUAAAGAAGACCCCAGCCCUCCUGAGACACCCCACACACAUACCACCCCUGACCCCAGCUUUGAAAUGGAGCAGAAAGAGGAGCCAGAAGAACCUAUCACCAUCACCCAACUGUCAGUCACAACAGACACUGAGGAGCUCCCACCCUGGCAGGGGCAAAUGGCAGGAUCUGUUACAGAGGACAUUGCCAGAGCUACAGUGUCUAGCCUUCCUUCUGUGUCUGUACUUGAGGAAGCUGAGGCCAUGCCUGAUGUCAUCCCUGAAACACGCCCUCCUCACACUACCCCUCACCCAAGUUUUGGAGCUGAGGGGGUGCUGAGAAUCCAUGUACUGGAGGCCCAGGAUCUGGUUGCCAUGGAUAAGCUGAUGGGGGGCCUGAAGAAGGGCAAGAGUGACCCGUACGUCAAGAUCCACAUCGGAGUGGUCAAGUUUAAGAGUCAUGUGAUCAAGGAGAACCUCAACCCCACCUGGAACGAGAUGUUUGAGACGGUGCUGACCCCCCAGGCUGGUCAGGAGGUCCAGGUAGAGCUGUAUGAUAAAGACAUGGACAAGGAUGACUUCCUGGGAAGGUUUAUGAUGAGGCUGAGUGAUGUCAUCAGUUCCCAGUACACAGACCAGUGGUACACUCUGAAUGAUGUGAAGUCAGGUCGUCUUCACCUGGUACUGGAGUGGGUACCAACAGUAUCGCAACCAGACAGACUGGAUCAGGUGCUGCAGCUGCAGUCUCUCCAGUCCUACCAGAACAAGGCUGUUCCCUCUGCUGCUCUGCUCUUCGUCUACAUGGACAGAGCCCACUCACUGCCUUUGAAGAAGAGUGGGAAGGAGCCAAAGGCUGGAGCUGAGCUUGUUCUGGGAGAGACAACAUAUAGAACCAAGGUAUGUGAUCGUACCAACUCCCCCCAAUGGGAAGAGGCUUUUUACUUCCUGGUUCGUGACCCCAGAGAGGAGAUUCUCAUAGUGAAGCUCUCCAGUGCUUGGGAUCAGGCGCUGGGUUCUCUGGUGGUCCCAGUCAGAGAGCUGCUGUCAGAACCAGAUCUGGUCCUGGAUCAGUGGCUGAGUCUGGAUGGAGCCUCACCUGACAGUCAGAUUCUACUGAGGGCUGAGCUUAAGAUCCUGAACUCGAAGAUGACUGAGGGUGUUGGGGUACCACAAGGCUCUGUCUCAGGUCCAGAAACUAUUAUGAGUGGGAGUUACAGUGAGGAGAAGGAACAAAUCACCAUUGAGCAGCCAGUUACUGCAACCAUUGGGGAGAAGCAACACAGUGAGGUGCACUCUGAGGAAUCUGUUGCAGUCUCCAGCCAACCCUCUAUCUCUGAACCUGAGGAAGCAGAGGUUGUCUUUGAGGUCCCUAAAGAAGACCCCAGCCCUCCUGAGACACACCCCACACACACCACCCCUGACCCCAGCUUUGAUACUGAGAUAGAGGAGCCAGAAGAAACUGAGGAACCUAUCACCAUCACCCAACUGUCAGUCACAACAGACACUGAGGAGCUCCAACCCUGGCAGGGGCAAAUGGCAGGAUCUGUUACAGAGGACAUUGCCAGAGCUACAGUGUCUAGCCUUCCUUCUGUGUCUGUACUUGAGGAAGCUGAGGCCAUGCCUGAUGUCAUCCCUGAAACACGCCCUCCUCACACUACCCCUCACCCAAGUUUUGGAGCUGAGGGGGUGCUGAGAAUCCAUGUACUGGAGGCCCAGGAUCUGGUUGCCAUGGAUAAGCUGAUGGGGGGCCUGAAGAAGGGCAAGAGUGACCCGUACGUCAAGAUCCACAUCGGAGUGGUCAAGUUUAAGAGUCAUGUGAUCAAGGAGAACCUCAACCCCACCUGGAACGAGAUGUUUGAGACGGUGCUGACCCCCCAGGCUGGUCAGGAGGUCCAGGUAGAGCUGUAUGAUAAAGACAUGGACAAGGAUGACUUCCUGGGAAGGUUUAUGAUGAGGCUGAGUGAUGUCAUCAGUUCCCAGUACACGGACCAGUGGUACACUCUGAAUGAUGUGAAGUCAGGUCGUGUUCACCUGGUACUGGAGUGGGUACCAACAGUAUCACAACCAGACAGACUGGAUCAGGUGCUGCAGCUGCAGUCUCUCCAGUCCUACCAGAACAAGGCUGUUCCCUCUGCUGCUCUGCUCUUCGUCUACAUGGACAGAGCCCACUCACUGCCUAUGAAGAAGAGUGGGAAGGAGCCUAAGGCUGGAGCUGAGCUUGUUCUGGGAGAGACAACAUAUAGAACCAAGGUGUGUGAUCGCACCAACUCCCCCCAGUGGGAUGAGGCUUUCUACUUUCUGGUUCGUGAUCCCAAAGAAGAGAUGCUCAUAGUGAAGCUGUCCAGUGCUUGGGAUCAGGCGAUGGGUUCUCUGGUGGUACCAGUCAGAGAGCUGCUGUCACAACCAGAUCUGGUCCUGGAUCAGUGGCUGAGUCUGGAUGGAGCCUCACCUGACAGUCAGAUUCUACUGAGGGCUGAACUCAAGAUUCUGGAAUCUAAAAUGGUGGACCUGAUAGGUCAUGGAAUUCUUCCGUGUGCUGCAAGAAACUGUGGGCAGGUGAAGCUGUCUCUCUCCUAUGCCUCAAAGAAGAAGAAACUGACCAUCACAGUCCACGCCUGCAGGGAUCUGGAGUCGUCCAGUAAAGACGGUCUAGACACCUACGUCUCCCUCAUGCUGCUGCCAGACAAAAACAAGGCCACCAAGAGGAAGACAAGCAUCAAGAAGAGAGACCUCAACCCAGAAUAUAACGAAAGGUUUGAGUUUGAGCUGUCUGUGGAGGAGGCCAGGCGCAGGCAUCUGAGUGUGUCGGUGAAGAACAGCAAAGCCUCCUUCAGGAGCAGCGAUCUCAUUGGACAGGUGCAGAUAGAGCUGGCUCAGAUUGACCUGGCCUCAGGGGUCACAGAAUGGUUUGACUUGAAACAGGAAGCUGAAUAGUGGAUCUGUCUGCAGCUGUCAUACCUGUUAUACCACAGGGUUAAAGUUCACCUGUACAGCCUAACUCACGCCGAUGCCUUCCCCCACCACUGCUGCAGCCUUCCCUGUCCGCCUGUUAAUGUCUAUCUCUAAAUAUCCACAUAUCAAUAUUAUCACUAAAGACAGGGCUCAAUAGGUCAGAACCUGGAUUGAACCAGGAGAAAGUCUGUAUUAUAUAGUUUAAUCUGAAGUUUAUACCUAGUAUUAAUAGUUAACUAAUAGUUAUGAAGGUCAAAAUGUGUAUAUACUUAUGAAAAGGUUGAAGGUUAUACCUGCUUAUGAAGGUUACUUUUGAAGUUUACAUUAAUAACUUGUUAGGGAUAUUUGAAGAUCAUGUACGUUAAAGGUUAAUGUACUAAUGAACGAUAGCUACAUGCAUUUAUCUUGCUAAAGUAAAAUAUCAGUAAGGAAGGAGUUAAUAUUAUCAAGGUUAAGAUACUCUUGCCUGAUCCAGGAAGCGAACAGGGACCAGCAUGCGUUGUCAGUAUACGGUAUCAGAUUGGUAUUAUCAAAUAACUUAUCCAUGUGAAAUUCAGCCAAUGAUCAAAGUCACUCUGAUAAUACAGAUUACAGAUACUGACCAAUGAGGUUCAAAAGUGUGUCAUGGAGUGUUACCAGUUAUUAAUUUCUAACUAAUACAAAAAAAGUAUUUAUCUGUUGACAUUUUUAUUUUACUAUUUCAUUGUCAUACAGUUGAUGCAUUCCAUUCCAUUUUUUGCUACAUCAUAUAUUUUUGUUUGCACUUAAGACAUGUUACUUGCCCUUGUGUUACUAUGCUGCUUUGUGUUUUACAUUUGUUUUGAUGUGUAUCUUGUUUUUUUUACAGCAGUCAAAUAUUUCAAUCUUUUUAACACAUUACAAUUGUGCAUCUAUUCAUCCUUUCUAGCAGGGUUGUGCUCAAUUCAGAAUGGAAGGAAUGCCUCAAAUUCCAAUAAAAUUUGUGAAUUUUAAUUGAAGUAGUAAACAGGAUAUAUUCUUUGGUAUCCUGAAGUGUGACUUUCAGAUUCAACUUAUGUUUUAUGAGUGAGUAGAAUGUCUUUCAAUUGCACUGAAUUCAAUUCAAAUCUGAAAAAGAAAGAUGAUCAUAAAAUCAGUGUGCAUCGUGGCAGUCAAAUAAACAGUUUUUGCACCCAAAAAA